AUGUCGCAACACCAAUUCAUCGUCGCUGGUGAUCCGCAUGAGUAUGACCCGGAGAAGUGGGCAAGCAUCCCGAAUUCACUUCCCAAACGUGCCCCAGAGACACAUGUCAACGUGCUGAUCGUUGGUGCGGGAUUUGGCGGAUUAAUGACAGCUCUGGAGUGUUGGAGAAAGGGGCAUAAUGUGGUUGGGAUCCUCGAACGAAGCCAGGGUCCCAAUUACAGCGGGGACCUGAUCAUCAUCCAGCCCUCGGCAGUUGCCGUGAUGCGUCACUGGCCGGACAUGUUCCGCGAGCUGGAGGAAGACAAAGUUGACGCGGCCAGCUACUACGUGAGGCACAAUGGCGAGAUCAUCUACGGACCCUCUGCCCCCAGCUACAACGACCCCGAACAUCUUAUCGAACGGGACGGUUAUCCGUUCGUGGGACCAGUUCAGAUCCGCAAGAAGUUCUUCCAAAUGCUCCUGCGCCAAGUGGCCAAGAUCGGUCUCCGGGUGGACUAUGGCCGGCGAGUGGAUCACUAUUUCGAAGACGAAGCCGCCGACCUUGGUGGCGUGGUGCUGGACGACGGCUCAGUCAGGGUUGCGCAUCUCGUGGUCGCAGCUGACGCUUUCCGGUCGCGUUCCGAACUGCUCGUUGCCGGCGAGCAUAUGCCCACGCGGCCUAGCGGCAUGUCGGUGUACCGUAGUGUCUACCCGCGUGAGCUGACCCUGGAAGACGAGGUGGUGCAGAAGCGCUGGCCCAGCGGUGUUUCCACAAAGGAGUACUGGCUCGGACCGGGAAUGCAUAUGGGCGUCUUCAUUUCGCCCGAGCUGGUGGCUUUUGGGCUUACGCCGCGGGAUAGCUUCUUGUUGGAGGGCAGCACCCCACCAGUGGAAUCUUGGGACCCCGACGUGAACCCGGAGGAUGUCAUUAAGGUUCUGCAACGAGUACCCGACUGGGACCCGGCUAUCGAGGUCCUGGUGCGCCGGGCACCCCGAGGCACCAUCAUUCACUGGCCGCUGCUCUGGCGCAAUCUGCGCCCCGAAUGGACAUCCGCCGGCGGGCGUGUUGUGCAAUUGGGGGAUGCCGCUCAUUCUAGUGUGCCUGCCUCCGCCGCUGGGGCCACUUUGGCCAUCGAGGAUGCUAUUACGCUUGCCUCGUGCCUGCAACUCGCCACUUCCGCGGGCGGCGGCGCCGGUGCCCCCUUGGGUGCAAGGAUCUACAAUCUGCUGCGGUACCAACGCGUUAGCUGCACGCAGAAGAUGGCAUUCGUCAACUCGCAGCUUCUGAAUGCUUCUACCACAGAUUGGGAUGCCAUUCAGAAGGACCCAAAGCAAGUCCGCCUGCGAUUCCCCAAAUGGAUGUUUCGGCAUGAUCCUGAGGCUUAUGCGUACGAAAAAUACGGACAAGCCUUUGCGCAUUUGGUAGUUGGCUCAGAAUUCCAAAACACCAAUUUCCCCUCAGGACACCAAUUUGUACCCUGGACAAUUGAAGAUAUCCAUCAGCAAAUUGCCGAAGGGAAACGCGUGGAAGACUUGCUGGAUGGCGAUUGGUCGUAG